AUGUACGGUGGGAACAAUUUGCGUAAAUUUAUCCCCUUGGUGGAUAUUCCCCUGCUUGGUAAUAAAAAUAAUUUGUUGAUUUUUUGUGGAAAGGUCAAUUUUGGAAGUAAAAAACAGAAAGAAAAGGUUGACAAGGAAACUAAAAAGUUUCGUAAGUUUUUAAAAAUAUCAAAUAUGAAAAAUAAUGAUGAAGAUGAAAAAUAUGAAGGAGAUAUAAACGAGGGGGAUAUGAAAAAGAAGAUGAAAGGGAUUAGUGGAAUGACACGAAUUGAUUAUAAAAUAUAUGAUAUAAAAAUACAAGAAAUUAAUAAAAAUUUUGAAAAUAAAAUAAAGAAAAUUUUUGAUACUUGUUUACAAAUAGAUUUUUUUAAUAAUAUCUCUAUUUUGAAAGAUAAGAAAAAUAUAAAAUUAUGUGAUGUAGCACAAGUAGUAAUAAAAUCAUCUAAUUUAAUUUACUUUUAUCCUUAUACAAUUAAUGAUAUACAAAAAAUUAUUCAUAAUUUAAAACUUAAAGAUAAUACUUGGAACCCCACAGUGUCAAAUGAUGGACAGUAUGUUAUUUUACAAAUUCAACCUUUGUCAGAAGAUGUUAAAAUGAAAAAGAAAAAAGAAGCAAAAGAUCUUUUUGAAAAAAUUAAAAAUGAUAUCAGAAAUGUUAGAUAUAAAAUAAGAGAUGAUAUCAUAAAAAAUAUUGAAGGAGAUCAAUGGAAAAUUGUCGAAAGGAAUAAGUUAGAUAAUUAUAUCAAAGAUAAAAUGAAGCUAAUUGAGAAUGUGUAUGAGCAGUCUGUAAAGAAUUAUUAA